CAGUCUCUUGUUGCUGACAGAAACAGCAGAAACGCUCCAGUUUAUUUAUAUUUAUUAUAAACUUUGUUCAUUACAGGUUAAAAUGCACGUCAUUAAGCGAGAUGGGCGCCAGGAGCGCGUUAUGUUUGACAAGAUCACCUCUCGGAUUCAGAAGCUCUGCUAUGGGCUGAAUAGUGACUUUGUUGACCCGACUCAGAUCACUAUGAAGGUGAUCCAGGGUUUGUACAAUGGGGUGACCACUGUUGAACUGGACACACUGGCUGCAGAAACUGCUGCCACCCUUACCACCAAGCAUCCAGACUAUGCCAUUCUGGCCGCUCGCAUUGCUGUUUCCAACUUGCACAAGGAGACUAAAAAGGUCUUCAGUGAUGUUAUGGAGGAUCUUUACAACUAUGUCAAUCCUCUGAAUGGACGGCACUCUCCUAUGAUUUCCAAGGAGACUCUUGAUAUAAUUCUGGAAAAUAAAGAUCGCCUCAAUUCAGCCAUCAUCUUUGACCGAGAUUUCUCUUACAACUUCUUUGGCUUUAAGACCCUGGAGCGAUCAUAUUUACUAAAGAUAAAUGGAAAAGUUGCCGAGCGACCUCAGCAUAUGUUGAUGCGAGUAGCGGUUGGCAUCCAUAGAGAUGACAUUACGGCAGCCAUUGAGACCUACAAUCUGCUUUCUGAGAAAUGGUUUACUCAUGCGUCCCCUACACUCUUUAAUGCAGGCACCAACAGACCUCAGCUGUCGAGCUGUUUCCUGCUGUCUAUGCGAGACGACAGCAUCGAGGGAAUCUAUGACACCCUGAAGCAGUGUGCUCUCAUUUCCAAAUCAGCUGGAGGCAUUGGUGUAGCCGUAAGCUGCAUUAGAGCCACAGGCAGCUACAUUGCAGGAACAAAUGGAAACUCAAAUGGCCUGGUUCCUAUGCUUCGAGUGUACAACAACACAGCCCGUUAUGUGGACCAGGGUGGCAACAAGAGACCUGGAGCAUUUGCCAUGUAUCUCGAACCAUGGCAUCUUGACAUAUUUGACUUCCUUGAGCUGAAGAAGAACACUGGUAAAGAAGAGCAGAGAGCCAGGGACCUGUUCUAUGCCCUCUGGAUUCCUGAUCUCUUUAUGAAGAGGGUGGAGAUCAAUGGAGAAUGGUCUCUUAUGUGCCCAAAUGACUGUCCCGGUCUGGAUGAUUGCUGGGGAGAAGAGUUUGAAAAGCUUUAUACAAGGUAUGAGCAAGAGGGCAAGGCUAAGCGUGUCGUGAAGGCACAGCAGCUGUGGUAUGCCAUCAUUGAGUCUCAGACUGAGACGGGCACUCCCUACAUGCUUUACAAAGAUGCCUGCAAUCGCAAGAGUAACCAGCAGAACCUUGGAACCAUCAAAUGCAGCAACUUGUGCACAGAGAUUGUAGAGUACACUAGCAAGGAUGAGGUGGCCGUGUGCAACCUGGCAUCUAUCGCUCUUAACAUGUAUGUUACACCAGAAAGGACGUUCGAUUUUAAAAAGUUGGCGUCUGUAACAAGGGUCAUUGUAAGGAACUUGAACAAAAUCAUUGACAUCAAUUAUUACCCUGUCGAGGAGGCGGCAAAAUCCAACAAGCGUCACAGGCCCAUCGGUAUCGGAGUUCAGGGAUUGGCUGAUUGCUUUAUUCUCAUGCGUUUUCCUUUUGAGAGCAAUGAAGCUCAACACCUCAACAUCCAAAUCUUUGAAACAAUCUACUACGCUGCACUGGAAGCUAGCUGUGAGAUAGCAGCUGAGCGUGGUGCAUAUGAAACCUACCCUGGGUCUCCUGUUAGCAAGGGUAUUCUGCAGUAUGACAUGUGGGAGAAGACUCCAACUGACUUGUGGGACUGGAAGGAACUUAAAGAGAAAAUUGCCAAACAUGGUGUACGUAACAGUCUGCUGCUGGCACCCAUGCCUACUGCUUCUACAGCACAGAUUCUGGGCAACAAUGAAUCAAUUGAGCCCUACACCAGCAACAUCUACACACGCAGAGUGUUGUCUGGAGAGUUUCAGAUUGUUAACCCUCACCUGCUGAAAGACCUGACUGAGCGAGGUCUGUGGAGUGAAGAGAUGAAGAACCAGCUGAUUGCUCAUAAUGGAUCCAUCCAGGAAAUCACCACAAUUCCAAAUGACAUAAAGGAGCUGUACAAGACUGUGUGGGAGAUCUCGCAGAAGGUCAUCCUUAAGAUGGCUGCAGACAGAGGCGCUUUCAUCGACCAGAGCCAGUCACUUAAUAUCCACAUAGCCGAACCAAACUAUGGCAAACUUACCAGCAUGCACUUCUAUGGCUGGAAGCAGGGCCUGAAGACUGGCAUGUACUACCUGAGAACCAAGCCAGCUGCCAACCCCAUCCAGUUCACCCUCAACAAGGAGAAACUAAAGGUAGCACAGGAAACCAAUAGCACUGAGGAGGAAGUAAAGGAGAGAAACAAAGCUGCCAUGGUUUGCUCUUUGGAGAAUCGGGACGAGUGUCUGAUGUGUGGUUCUUGAAUUUGUUUGUUUGUUUUGUUAAAAAGAAAAUAAAUUUUUUAUAGAUA